UCGUCCAGUUUCAGGACAAAAAUAAUUAUGAAUUAUUUCAUUGACCAAUCCACCGUUAAAUUGAAGCUUUGAGCUUUAUUUAGAUUGAAUAAAGUAGCUUUCGUUUGGCAGGAGUGGCGGCCGCGUAACUGGAAAGACAUAACAUGCAGUGGUUUUGUAAUACGAUUAGGUUUAUAAGUUUACGGAAGUUUUAAUGGGAUAUAGCUGUUAUUGUUGCCGUGAAAUUGAAUUUAAUGUAUGAAUAGUGUUGUUCUGUGGUUGUUAUAAGCGUUCAAAAUGUCUAACCAUCGUAAUAAAUACGAGAAAGCAAGAAGACGUCUCGCCGCAGUGACUUUUCUGUCUAACAUAUCUCUGGACGGAACGUUCAAGGAUACGGAAUUAUGUCACGUUGUUAAGAAGAGCGAGAAGUCGGAGAGCAAGGUCGUGGAGCUGGUGAAUGGGGUGGAGAAGGAUAGGGGAUACGAGAGCGUCCGCCGCAAGGCGCCCCAGAGCCCGGCGCACCGCGUCCUUGAUAACCAUUCCGUGAGCUCUGACUCCGAUCCCAAUGCUAGCAUUACUCCAGUCAAGGCUGCCAAUCAUGUGUUUAGAGAAAGAUGUUCAUCCGGGAAUCAAGAGUCAUUCAAAGAGAAACUUGUUAAGACCAAGAAAGUACACCUAUCAUCACUUACCGGCAUCAAUAUUGAUGAUAAGAGCAGUUCGGAAAGCUUGAAUUUUGGUCGCUUCCGCACAAGCAGUACCUGCAUCCCAGAAAACCAGGUUCACACAAAGGAGUUGCGAUUCAUUCGUCCCUUGACCAAAGGGGUGUCGUUCAGAGAUGAAAGGCUGGCACUUGCGCCUAAUUCCUGUGUGCCAUGUGUUGUAUUCAGUACUAUACCAUAUUCGAAAACUGUCAGGAAUCCUCGAUCCGACCACAGAAAAGAUGGCGGUCGUCGUCGCAACACUUCCGGUUCCGCAAGACCUCUCUCAGCUAUCACUGACAAUGGCGUGGAUCCUUUCGAUCUUCUUGGUUUGGAAAAAGAGGAAAACGGACAAGAUAUCUCCUAUUCAAAACUGCUUGUACCGUCCCGAGUGUGUACUAGAGAGCAGUAUAGAAAGAUGUAUGAAGGCGACUUCAGUGACAAAGCUAAUUGGAAGCUGAUGAACCGUAAUCCUCAUGUUAUUGCCAGAACUAAGUUAUUGACGAGGCACAAGGAUAAGAAAUGGUGCUUCUCGUACGAGUCGUCGCAGAGGCCUCAAAUGGCCGCGUCGCCGCCGCUGAGUACGGUUGAUAACAAAGCGUUCGAUUGGGAGGAAGCGUCAAUGCUGACGCCUAAAUAUGUGCAAUACUGUCCCAACGUCCUAGACGAUCCCGAGCUAAUCGCCGGCAAACACCGGACGUUACUCACAUUCACAUCCUACAUGACGUCUAUCAUCGACUACGUCCGUCCGCAAGACUUGAAGAAGGAACUCAACGACAAAUUCCGAGAGAAAUUCCCUCACCUCAAACUGACGCUUAGCAAAUUGAGAAGUAUUAAAAAGGAGAUGCGUAAGAUAGCCAAACAUGACAGUGGCGGCAUCGACUUGUUAUCCGUCGCCCAAGCGUACGUCUACUUCGAAAAGUUGAUCCUGGCGAAUCUCAUUACCAAAGAUAACAGAAAAUUGUGUGCUGGCGCGUGCUUGCUGCUGUCUGCUAAACUAAAUGACGUCAAGGGAGAAACAUUGAAGGCUUUAAUUGAGCGCAUCGAGACCACCUUCAGAGUGAACCUCAAAGAUUUGAUAAAAUUCGAGUUCGCGGUCCUCGUGGCCCUCGAGUUCGGCCUCCACGUGCCGCCGUACGAGGUGUUCCCGCACUACCAGCGGCUGCUGCACGACUCGUGACCUUGGCGGGUGCGCCGCCGCCGGCUCUCCGCCAGGGAGAUCGACAAGUACGCCGUGCUGCCGUUCGUGCCCGCCGGACACAGGUGGGAGUAGACCGGUUGCUAAACUAGUGGGGCUGAUAAGUUAGUCAAAAAUUAAAAAUACCUGUAAGUAUGGUUCCUUAUGGCCCAGCUACGACAUUGAUCUAAGCACGACAGCGGUGAGCGGCAGCCAUACGUGCGAAUGAAAAGUCCCAUCGCUGUGUCUCGCUUCAAUGUAUCGCCGCUCACCGCUGUCGCGCUUAGACCAAUGUCGUGGCUGAGCCGUUAGUUAGUGAAAGCGGUAAAAGUGCUGCACUACUCGAGACCUUGGCGGCGCGCCGCCGCCGGCUGUCGCUGGGCCGCUGGGCAUAUGUGGAAGUAAAUCAGCUAAUAACCUGGGUAGAGGAAAAACUAGUAUUUUACGUGUUUGAUAAGCUUACUUAUUUCGCUGGCUCAGCGAUCCAAAAAGGAUCUUGGCUUCCGAUACACGAGAUUGCCUCUCUGCCUUAUCCUGCGACGCCAGGUAUACCGAGGGCGGAUACGUCUUUAGGGCUACCUCGCAGCGAUAUCUGGGACGCCUACGCGGACGUUUCCCACCCGUCCAUACAUAUGCUGGGUUGAUAAGCUAAUCAAAGGUAUAAAAGAUACCCCUAAAAGUGGAUCGAAGGGGUGACAGUACUGAAAAGAUAAGAAACCAAUGCCUCGGUCUCAUGUAGCGGAUAAAUGAAAAUAUACAGUAGUAUUGCCGGCCGGGAGUAUGAGCGUCGAUUGUCUUACAACCAGCAAUGUCAAAUACCUCAUAGGUGCAUAUAUGCACAAAUCUUAUAUAUUAACGACUGCGACUUGUAAGAUUUGACAACUGAAUUGUAUUAGUGGCAUUAGUUAAUAGAAAAUGUAAUUUGUAAUUAAAUGCACAACGUAGAGGAACAAGGUUGUCUAUUCAGCGGCGAGAAAGCGAUGUAGCAUCGAUGUACAUUUUUGUGAUCGCACAAAAGAUCCCUAUGGGUCAAAGUGUAUCCGCAAGGGACCUCGCAGGUAUAAGAUAAGAAAAGAUAACGUAGCGAAUGUAGCGAGUUACUAUUUUCUAGCUCAAGAAAUGUAUAGACAUACAUAAUAGAUGUAAUGUAUGUGACGAUAUACGUAGAUAAUUUCUUAUUGUAUGUCUUAUUCUUAUUGGUUUAUCGAAAUGCGGCAUAAUGCGUGCACCAAAUGUGAAGCCAAUUAGGCUAAUCAAGAAUUUGCAUCGAUUUUCAUAACAUUGUAAGUAGCAAUUCGAUUUAGGUAUGGAAUUUUAUGUUGUAACGAACUAAACUCAGUUCACAACAUUGUAGUAUACUUUAAUUAACUGGCUUCCUAAUCAGCCGAAAAAAAAGCAGUUUGCUCAGUCUCGUUUCGGCCGUCGACUGUCGGACAACUGUCAAUCAUGACGAAAUGUUCUGUGAGUAAUAUUUGUAUUUUUACCGAAUUAUUUUUUUAUACACACAUAUUAACUUCGCGAAAUUCUGUACAAUGCGUACGCAUUCUAUAAAAUUAUACAUGUACAUGUGGCCUAUCAAAGUUUCGACAGUCAAGUAAAAUACUUGCGCAAUACUGUGGUGAAGUAGCGGUAGUUAACAGUAGUAGUACAUUACGAUAAAAGUGAGAAAAAUAGAAAAUUAGAAACGAGUUGGAAUACUGAUAAAUGAAAACACAAACAAAGAGAGUGUUUUAAAUCGACAUGAGUUGCGAAUUUUCUAUUCGCGCAUGUAUCGUACGUUUUUACAGUAGAUACGUUUAUGGCAUAGUUACGACUACUACUGCGGUAAUAUAGCGCUAUAAAAUGUUAUGUGAACAAUAUUUCGUGGAUAUUCGUUAACCGAAUAUGCGACCAAAUACAGUGAAGCAUCUCCAAGGUCCAAAUCCAAAUAAAAAAUUGUGUUCACCGUCAUACAAGUAGCGGCACGUAAAUUUAGCGCUGAGUGAGAUGUGGAGGGGAUAGCUGCGCAUGGGGACGCAUACCCUUCACCCCCUGUAAUUCCCUGAGAUACCUGUUUUUGACUUCUGCGCAAUAACGGUCAGCGCUAAAGUUACAUAAGUAGGUACGGCUCACUCUUGCCGUUUUUCUAGUUAUAAGUAGCUAGUUUUAAGUGUUUUCCUAGUAUUCACCAAAUUUUAUCUAGUUAUAAACCUAAUUAUAAUAUUUGACUUAUAUUGACCGGGAUAUAGACCGUGAUUACCUUUUUUAUUUUUGUUUGGGUUUUCCGUGAUCAUGAUGCAUGCAA